AUCGGUGACAGGAGGAAGAAACACGGAAGUGUAGUUUGCACUCUAGACAGGCAAAGUGCAAGCUAGCUGUCGUUCCUGCGGCUCUGUGUGUCUCCCUAACGUUAUAGCAAAAUGCCUGAAAUACAGACAAGAAGGAUUCAAGCCAUUUACACCAGUGCCAGUGACGGACUGGAGGGCUUCAAGGCACAUGUGGUGUUCCAGGAAAUCAACAAGAAGCUCCAGGAGGAAGGGGAGCAGUUUGUGAAGAAGAUCGGGGGGGUGUUUGCCUUCAAGGUAAAAGACGGCCCCAAUGGUCAGGAGGCCGUUUGGUAUGUGGACGUGAAGAACGGCAGAGGCUGCGUCCACAACGACACAGCUAAGAAAGCAGAUUGCACCAUCUCCAUGUCAGACACAGACCUGUUGUCCCUUAUGACGGGGAAGAUGAACCCUCAGACUGCGUUUUUCCAGGGCAAGCUGAAGAUCACAGGGAACAUGGGCAUGGCCAUGAAGCUCCAGAGCCUGCAGCUGCAGCCAGCCAAAGCCAAACUGUAGAGGAGAGCCGCGUCACCACACCUCUGAUCACUGAGUUAACCCACGAAGAAUUUAACAGCAAGUCUGACGCGUUUCAGAUCGAUGUUAAAGGUCCGUAAAGCUUCUCAUCACAGGGCAGAACCACUUUCCCUUCUAGUGACCUCCCUGACCGAGCGGGGGAUUAGCCAGCAGCCCUGCCAAUAUAACUGGAGCGUAAGAUAGAUGGACAGAUAAUUCAUUCUCUAAUAAUGUCCCUCUCAUGUAAUUCAAUACACCAGAGUAGAGACAGGUGCACUUGUAUAGAUACUAAUUCUGUUUAUGUCCAGUUUUUAAUAACAUCGAUUUCUGCCGCUAAUUAAAUCUACCUUUGAGUGUAUUAUGUCUGGAAAUUAUUUGAGUAGAUGUAAUUUUCCUCAAUCAUGACCACAACAGUCUAAGUGCUUCCUCGUCUCGAACUUGCAGUUUGCCCUUAAAGUUUUUAGCCAACAAACAGAAAUGUUUUUCAUCGUGGCCACCCAAACUUUUAACAGAGGGGCUUGUCAUUUUCUGUUGUACUAUCAUUAAUGUAUGGAAAAUAUUUCUAAUAAACACAUUUGCCUUUGCUGCAACAUCCA